GUGUCAGCUAUAAAAAAAAUGGCAAUGAUUGCAAACAGCAGCCAUAAAACAACAAAAAAAAAAUGGUGACCCGCACCCGAGGCAACAUUUUGACCUGUGUGCAUCGACUGCGGUUGGCAGCGCGGUGUCCGCUGUCUUAUGAAUGACCGUCGGCAGGUCAUAAACUUGACAUCUCGAGUAUAAAAUGCAGUUACACCUCGGUUGAGGACAUCAAACGCAGUCGAGAUGUGCAACCCACAGCAACUCAAGCAGCAGCAACAGCAGCAAAAGCAAGAGCAGUCUUCAAGUGCAACGGCAAGUGAAGCUGCCACAGCAACUGCAACUGCCUCUGCAACAAAUCUUCCUGCCUCUCCUCCGUCGCCUUCCUCUGCCUACGUUUUGUACUUGCAUCGUGAGGAAAUUAGACGCCGCAAGACGCAUUCAGCUCGUGCUUCGAUGACAAAGAUUCAGCUGACCAGCGAACUGAUUGCGAGAACCAAACAAAACAUCAGUCGCUGCAGCUACGAGGAUCUCGAGAUCUUGGCCAGGGAAACGCUCUUCAAGAAGAAUCUCCAAAGACAUUUGCACUAUCGACGCAUGCAAAUGCAAGCUUGGAUGGCCGCCAAGAAGCAAGGCAAAAUUGCCAAAGUGACGACGGCUUAAAAGAGCAGCCAAGAUCCGUAUUAUAACA